CCCGACGGAUCUAUCUGGGUUAUUUUUCACGCUGGACUGAGUUUCAUUUUUGCCAAAGCUGUCUCUCUUUAAUCUUCUUCUUCUUCUUCAGUCUGUUUCUCUGUAACGUGUGGUGUGUUGUUGUUGUUGUUGUUGUUGAUGAAUGGCGAAGAAGUACGUGAGAGAGAGCGUGCCGCUCUCGCGGUUCGGGGUGCUGGUGGCGCAGUUGGAGUCCAUAGUGGCCUCCGCGGUUCAGCAGCCUCCGGAUGCUCUCCUCUGUUUCGAUCUUCUCUCCGAUCUUAUCUCCGCCAUUGACGAAGAGCCCAAGGAGUCCAUAUUGUUGUGGCAAAGAAAAUGUGAGGACGCGCUGUAUUCUUUGCUGAUUCUUGGUGCUCGACGACCUGUGCGUCAUAUGGCGUCAGUAGCAAUGGCGAAGAUUAUAUCCAAGGGAGAUGCCAUUUCGAUAUACUCUAGAGUGAGCAGUCUCCAAGGGUUUCUUUCUGAUGGGAAGAAGAGCGAGCCUCAGAGAGUUGCUGGUGCUGCACAAUGCUUAGGAGAACUAUAUAAGCAUUUUGGGAGAAGAAUUACUUCGGGUUUACUUGAAACCACUAUUAUUGCAACAAAACUAAUCAAGUUUCAUGAGGAGUUUGUGAGACAAGAGGCUCUACAUAUGCUUCAAAAUGCUUUGGAAGGCUCUGGUGGUAGUGCUGCUUCUUCAGCAUAUACUGAAGCAUUCCGUCUCAUCAUGCGAUUUUCUGUUGGGGAUAAGUCAUUUGUUGUUAGAAUAGCUGCAGCAAGAUGUCUGAAGGCAUUUGCCAACAUUGGAGGGCCAGGUUUAGGAGUGGGUGAACUUGACAAUUCAGCCUCAUAUUGUGUCAAGGCGCUUGAGGAUCCUGUUUCAUCUGUUCGGGAUGCAUUCGCUGAAGCUUUGGGCUCCUUGCUUGCUCUUGGAAUGAAUCCUGAGGCGCAGGUUCAACCGAGGGGGAAAGGUCCAUUUCCUCCAGCAAAGAAAUUAGAAGGUGGUUUGCAAAGGCAUUUGGCUUUGCCCUUCGCAAAAGCAAGUGGAGCUCGCUCGAAGGAUAUACGAGUUGGCCUAACCUUGUCUUGGGUAUUCUUUUUACAGGCAAUCCGUCUAAAGUAUCUGCAUCCAGAUAGUGAACUUCAAAACUUUGCUUUGCCGGUUAUGGACAUGCUACGUGCUGAUAAUUUUGUUGAUGCCCAUGCAUUGGCAUGUGUUCUAUAUAUCCUUCGGGUUGGCAUAACCGAUCAGAUGACGGAACCUACUCAAAGGAGCUUUUUGGUUUUUCUGGGAAAGCAGCUUGAGUCCCCUGAUGCCAGUCCAUCCAUGAAAAUUUCUGCUUUACGUACCUUGUCAUAUACGCUGAAAACGCUGGGAGAGGUUCCAUUUGAAUUCAAGGAAGUUCUGGAUAACACGGUUAUGGCGGCAGUAUCUUAUCCAUCACAACUUGUACGCAUUGAGGCUGCUUUGACAUUACGUGCAUUGGCUGAGGUUGAUCCCACUUGUGUUGGUGGUUUGAUUUCUUAUGGGGUGACCACGCUAACUGCUCUAAGAGAGAAUGUUUCUUUUGAAAAGGGAAGUAAUUUGCAAUUCGAGCUUGAUUCCUUGCAUGGGCAAGCUACUGUGUUGGCUGCUUUGGUUUCUAUUUCGCAAAAGUUACCUCUUGGUUAUCCAGCUAGAUUGCCCAGAUCAGUGCUCGAAGUUUCAAAGAAGAUGCUGAUAGAAUCUAGUCGGAACCCUGUGGCCGCCACAGUUGAAAAAGAAGCUGGAUGGUUACUUUUAUCAUCACUGUUGGAUUCUAUGCCAAAGGAGGAGCUUGAAGAUCAGGUUUUUGAUAUUCUUUCCUUGUGGGCUACUCUCUUUAGUGGAAAUCCUGAACAUGAAAUGAAGCAAACUGGAGAUUUAACGUCUAGUAUACGUGUGUGGUCUGCUGCAGUUGAUGCACUCACCGCUUUCGUAAGGUGCUUUGUUGCUCCCAAUGCUGUGAACAGUGGAAUUUUACUUCAACCAGUGCUUGUAUACCUUAGUUGUGCUUUAUCCUAUAUUUCAGUGGCAAGAGCCAAAGAGAUCCCAAAUCUGAAGCCUGCAGUAGACAUAUUUGUUAUCAAGACGUUAAUUGCUUAUCAGUCCCUUCCUGAUCCAUUGACAUAUAAGAAUGACCACCCCCAGGUUAUUCAGUUGUGCACAACUCCAUAUAGAGUUGCUUCUGGAUGUGAGGAAAGCUCAUGCUUGAGGUUGCUGUUAGACAAGAGGGAUGCAUGGUUGGGUCCCUGGAUUCCUGGAAGGGAUUGGUUAGAAGAUGAACUUCGGGCUUUCCAAGGUGGAAAAGAUGGCCUAAUGCCUUGUGUAUGGGAGGAUGAGCCUUCUAGCUUUCCUCAGCCGGAGACGAUAAGCAAGACAUUAGUGAACCAGAUGCUUCUCUGCUUUGGAGUAAUCUUUGCUUCUCAGGAUAGUAGUGGGAUGCUCUCACUUCUCGGAAUGAUAGAGCAGUGUCUGAAAGCUGGAAAGAAACAAUCAUGGCAUGCAGCCAGUGUCACCAAUAUAUGUGUGGGGUUGCUAGCUGGAUUCAAGGCUUUGCUUUCUUUGCGUCCCCAACCACUAGGACAAGAAAUAUUAAGUUUGGCGCACGCUAUUUUUCAGGGUAUUCUGGCUGAGGGAGACAUUUGUCCAUCACAACGUAGAGCAUCGUCUGAAGGUCUGGGUCUUUUAGCUCGGCUUGGAAAUGAUAUCUUUACAGCAAGAAUGACCAGAUCACUGCUUAGUGACCUAACUGGAGCAACGGAUUCAAACUAUGCUGGAUCAAUUGCCAUUGCACUUGGCUGCCUCCACCGCAGUGCAGGAGGAAUGGCUUUGUCAACUUUGGUGCCUGCAACUGUGAGCUCAAUCACUUUGCUAGCUAAAAGUUUGGUAGCUAGUUUACAGAUUUGGUCUUUGCAUGGACUUCUUUUGACCAUUGAGGCUGCUGGUUUAUCCUUUGUGUCUCAUGUCCAGGCAACACUUGGCCUUGCCAUGGACAUUCUUUUGUCCGAGGAGAAUGGAUGGAUAGAACUUCAGCAAGGAGUUGGCCGCCUCAUAAAUGCUAUUGUUGCUGUUAUUGGUCCUGAACUUGCUCCAGGCAGCAUUUUCUUUUCACGCUGCAAGUCUGUUGUUGCAGAGAUAAGCUCCUGGCAAGAAACAGCAACAAUGCUCGAGAGUGUCCGCUUCACACAACAACUUGUUCUUUUUGCACCACAAGCUGUUUCUGUACACUCGCACGUGCAAACUCUUCUCCCGACACUAUCCUCAAGACAGCCCACUUUAAGGCAUCUUGCUGUCUCUACUCUUCGACAUCUCAUAGAAAAGGAUCCAGUUUCCAUGAUCAAUGAGCAAAUAGAAGAUAACUUGUUCCAUAUGCUGGAUGAAGAAACCGACUCUGAGAUCGGGAAUCUGGCACGUACAACAAUUAUGCGGUUGCUUUAUGCAUCGUGUCCUUCACGUCCAUCUCAUUGGUUAUCAAUAUGUCGUAACUUGGUUCUUGCUAUGUCAACAAGGAUAACUGAAAACAAUAAAAAUGCAGUAAAUGAUCCUUCAAGUGAUCAAGAUGGUGACACCAGGCUAAAUGUUGGAGAAGAUGAUGAAAACAUGGUUUCUAGUUCCAAAGGCAUGCCAGGACAAGGUUAUAGAUUUGAGGCUUCCAGCAUAAUGCAUAAUAGAGAGAAGCACCUCAGAUAUCGAACCAGAGUUUUUGCUGCUGAGUGUUUGAGUCACCUACCCAGAGCUGUAGGAAAGAAUCCAGCUCAUUUUGACCUCUCUUUGGCAAGGAAACAAGCUUUGAAUAGACAGCUUUCCAGUGGCUGGCUAGUACUCCAUGUACAAGAGUUAAUAUCGCUUGCGUAUCAGAUAAGCACAAUACAGUUUGAAAGCAUGCGGCCAAUUGGUGUGGGGCUUCUAUGUACAAUUAUGGAUAAGUUUGAAAUGAUACCUGAUCCUGAGCUUCCAGGACACCUUCUACUGGAACAGUAUCAGGCCCAACUAGUAUCUGCAGUUCGCACUGCCUUAGACACAUCUGCUGGCCCUUUUCUAUUGGAGGCCGGCUUGCAACUGGCUACCAAGAUACUGACGAGCGGAAUAAUUAGUGGUGAUCAAGUUGCAGUUAAACGCAUAUUUUCAUUGAUUUCACGCCCAUUGAAUGAUUUUGAAGAACUUUAUUAUCCUUCAUUUGCUGAAUGGGUCUCAUGCAAGAUCAAGAUAAGACUUUUCGCUGCUCAUGCUUCUCUCAAGUGUUAUACAUAUGCAUUCUUGAGGAGACACCAUAGUGGGAUUCCAGAUGAAUAUCUAGCAUUGUUACCUCUGUUUGCAAAGAGUUCAAGUAUACUGGGAAAGUACUGGAUCCGAAUUUUGAAGGAUUACAGUUAUAUUUGCCUUUGUUUGCAUCUCAAGAAGAAUUGGAAUCAGUUCCUUGAUGGAAUCCAAUCACCUCUGGUGUCUUCAAAGUUGCAGCCUUGUUUGGAAGAAUCCUGGCCAGUAAUUUUGCAAGCGCUUGCACUGGAUGCAGUUCCUUCAAGUCUUGAUGUGAAUGAACAUUCCAAAGCCCCUGUGGAAAAUCUAGCACGAAGCUUAGUAUCGGGAUAUAGCAUGGUUGAACUGGAGUCAAUAGAAUUUCGGUAUCUAUGGGGCUUUGCUCUACUUGUUCUUUUUCAGGGACAAUAUCUAACUCUUGGUGAAUCUAAAUUGUCAUUGACUUAUGCUAAAUCAAAACAUGGCGAAGAGUCACCAAUUGAAGAAAUGGAUCCCCCAGGCUUGAACUUAUAUGAGAUUGUGCUACCAGUUUUCCAGUGUCUCUCUGCUGAAAGAUUUUUUAGUGUGGGAUUUCUUACUAUGGAUAUUAGCAGAGAAUUGUUACAGGUUUUCUUAUAUUCCACAGACAUGGACAAUUCGUUUAACAGUCUUGCAAUAUCUGUUCUAUCACAGAUUGUGCAAAACUGUCCUGAAGGUUUUCUUGAAACAGAAAAUUUUGCUUAUUUGGCAAUGGAGCUUUGUUUAGCUUAUCUCUUUCAAAUGUUUCAAAGUACCGAUGCAACUUCACCAGAUCAGCCAAACUGGGAGGGAUUGAUAUCAACAUUAUUUUUUACUGCAAAGACACUACUGAAGCGUAUAGAAACUAAGUUGCAGAAGCAGCUGGAAUCAGUGGUGUUGGUGUUUCUUUUAAUUGGUUACAAGUGCAUUAGAGAAGCCUCUACUGAAUUAUGCUUCUCAACAGUUGAUGAUUUUGUCAAAUGCAGUAAUUUCUCAUUGGAGAAACUUAUCGGUGAAAAUCCUGAACUUGAUGAUAAUGGUAUUCUCCAUCUGAGAGCAGUUCUUGGAACUUGUCUGAAUAUGGUUGCUAAUUUGACUAAGGAUUGCAUUGAUGGCAUCCAUCUACUGGAGAAUAAGAGAUUAGCAUCACGCAAACUUCUUCAAAUGAAACUUGUUUUCUGUGUUGAACAAACUAUAACAUUUGCCAAGCUGGCUCAUGAAAUUCAAUGUCUUGGAAAGAGCAAAGGCAGUGAUCCUAUCUAUUUUACUCUGUUCAAGUAUUGCACUGAAUGUAUCCGAACAUUGCUUGCUGAUUCAAACAUACAGGUUCAAGCAAUUGGGUUACAAGUGCUAAAAAAUAUGGUACAGAAAGGCAUGAACAUUGAAGAGAAUACUUUUGUAAUAUUUUUGGUUGGCGAGCAUAUUAGAGAUAUUUUCUCAAUCACCCAAAAGAUGUUGAAGAAACCUCUAACCAAAGAAUCAGUAACUAUUGUCGGUGAGUGCUUGAGAAUCUUAGUGCUUUUGCAGACAGUGUCCAAAGGCAGCGACUCCCAGAGAGGUUUUAUGAAUCUGCUUUUUGAAGCCAUUGUCAUGGUUUUCUUGGCAACAGAAGAUGAAUUGUCUCAGGAAGGCAGGGACGUAAGAAGCAUCGCUGUAAAGCUUGUUUCUCAUCUGGCUCAAAUCCCUGCCUCAGCAGUUCAUUUCAAGGAUGUCUUGUUGUCAAUGCCUCCGAUGCACAGGCAGCAACUCCAGGGGGUUAUCCGUGCUUCUGUAACACAAGAUCAUAAUGCAACACAAAUGAAACCUUUGGCGCCAUUAUUAGAGAUAAAAUUACCAGUGCCAGGUGAUGGAAGUGGAGAGAAACAUUCCCCGCAAUCGGCCACCACGAUACUCUUAGAUAAGAAUAUUGGUGAAGAGGAUGGAGAGGAUGAAGAUGAUUGGGAUGCGUUCCAGUCUUUUCCUGCGUCUGCAAGUGCAGCUGUAAAUGAGUCACAAGUAGAGAGUGUUGCAAAAGAACCUGGCCUGGUUGAGAACCCUUCUUUGCUGGAAAUUAAUGCCCGGAGUGAUGACUUUCAAGAUCAACCUCUCAAUAAUGUGGAGGAGAUCAACAAUGCAGAUCAUCAAGAGGCUGGUGAAGAUGUCAUAUCUGAUACCCCUGGCAGUCAGGUGUCUCCGCAGAGUGAUGUACCAAGCAACAGAAGGGGGAUGCAUGAAGUCCUUGAUUUCCAAGCCAUCAAUAAUGUCAGCAAGCCUUAUGUUGAUCAACAUCAGGAAAAGGAAGAGGAAGUGGUCCAAAGCCAAGAGCGUGAAGAAGCAGCAGUUUCAAGCCAAAAGAAUGAACAGAUAUCAUCUGACCUUCAACCGGUUGAAGUUGCAGAAGGAUUAGACAAAGUGAAUGUUGUGGAGGAUCACGAGGUGAGAAGGGAGAACCCAGAUAACAAAAUUGAUCAGUUAUUGUCAGAAUCUUCUCUUCCUCUUGAAGAAGUUUCAGAUAAAACUCGUGGAGAAGGAAAUUGAUAGACACAGAACCGCACAAUGCUGAUGAAGAUGCUCAACAGAAAAUGAUUGUUGAAUAUAGUAGCAGUGACCACCAGCAAAAGAGGGUUGGCAAUUGGGGAAUACCGAAAAGUGAAGAAGAUAGUGCUAAGCCAUGAUCAUUCAGUGAGAUUGAUAGGAUAUGAAGCGUAUGGAAUGACUAAAUUGUUAAAUUGUGCGUAGGAUUUUUAUUUCUCCAACCACAGGGCAACUAAUUUUGUGAGUCAAGUCUAAAUUGAAGAUUACUUUAGUCUGAUAUCAAUGAAGUCUCCAUUUGAUUC